AUGGCAAGGCAGUGGAUUCUCAACGACCAACAGGGCUUUGAGACGUCGCUCAAGUAUGAGACCAACGUGCCCAUCCCGUCCAAAGAUGAGUUAGGCCCACAUGAUGUUCUAGUCAAACUCCAUGCAGCCAGUCUCAACUAUAGAGAUCUCGUCAUUGCUGAAUCAGCUGCAAGCUCAGUCGAAGCUGUUGGCUCUUCUGUCAAAGACUACAAACCUGGCGAUCGAGUCAUCACUUUCCCUGCACCAGACGUGGUGGUAGAGAGAGGCAGCGAUGCUGAUGUUAACAUGUCAGAUGUACCGGCAAUGCUCGGCCUGGGGACCAAAGGAACGCUUCGUACCCAUGGAGUAUUCUCGGAAGGUGCCCUUGUUCAUGCGCCAGAGUCUCUCGAUUGGCUUCAGGCUGCCACUCUCCCAGUCACCUGGACCACAGCAUGGAACGCUCUCUCGGAACUAGGCAAAGACCAAACUGGACCACACACCUGGAUUCUGGUUCAGGGAACUGGAGGCGUCAGUGUAGCAACCCUGCAACUCGCAUCGUCCUUUGGGCUCUCCGUCGUGGCGACUACUUCAUCUCAAGAGAAGGCAGAUAGGUUGAAAAGGCUUGGUGCAACUCACGUUAUCAACUAUCGUGAGAACGCCACUGCCUGGGGCAAAGAGGCACGAUCUUUGACACCUAAUGGGGUGGGUUUCGAUAUGGUCGUAGAUAUCGGCGGUAACGAGACACUCAAGCAGUCACUCGAGGCAGUGCGUCCUUAUGGGUCUAUCCAAGUCGUUGGUGCUGUUGCGCAAGACACCGAGGUCGUUCCCAUGAUGGGGGCUCUUAUGUUCACGUGCACUGUUCGUGGAUUCCUUAUGGGUAGCCAGAAUCAGUACAUGGAUCUUGUACGAUACAUCGAUGAGAAGAAGCUCAAACCUGUAUAUGAUGACACAGUCUUUGAGCUGGCAGAUGCCAAGGAGGCUUACAGGAAGCUGAGGGAGCAGAAGCACUUCGCGAAGGUCGUCAUCCGCAUCGACCAUGACUAG